AUGACAAACCAAUUAGAAGCAGCUACAGCAUCUAUUACAACUGAAGAUGGGCAUUUUGUAUGGAAGAAACGACCAAAAGGGUUUGGUCUCCGUCGAAAUUUGAAAGUUAGUCGAGCUCAUGCUCCCAAACCUGUAACUGAACAACCUGAAUCUAAAUCCCUUUGUGUUGUUUCUAAACCAGUUCGAUCGACACCACUUCAAGACAAUAUUUAUGACGUACAAAGGACUUUUAAUGCUAAUGAGUUGUACACAUAUGAGUUUACUGGUGUUUCGUCUUCUUGGAGAGGAACACUAUUUAAGAAAAGGUUCAAUGUUGUCUUCGAUCUUGUCAUAGACACUUUACCUCAGCCGGAAACAGUUAUGAUGAUUUGUAUUCUGGAUUUGGCUGCAAAACAAUAUCAAGACUUAGGAUCCUUCUACAUGUUCAUGGGAUUCGAGUUGCGACAUUCGGAGCUUGUUGAUCCUAUUAUACUUCCUUAUAGGCCAAUUGAUAAUGUUAAUAUUCAAAGUUUGAUAGAAGAAGUUCGACGACUGAAACAUGGUUUCUCGGGAUUGAAGUCUAUUAGUCAUAAUGAGUUCACAUUAGAUAUAUGCUUUGUCAAACAGUUACUUGGAAGUGGUGUAGCUCCAAAAACGCAAAGGCAGAGGAAAAGUGUCAAAAAAGAUUUUCGGAUGAUAUCUGAGAACAACGUGGAGAACUACUGCUUGGGUACGGUGAUACUUCAGGGAAUGGCUUAUGUUAAGCAUACUAACGAUUUGGAUAACUAUGAGGUUGAAAAGGAGUGGUAUCGUUUAUCGAUCUUAAAUGAUUCUUCACCUGAAUAUUCGGCAGACAUGUGUCUUGCCAAACAGUUACUGCUGGAUGCCGGUGUAGCGAAAGCUAAAGAUUACACAAUUAAGGAUGUAACUUCUGUGCAAGAAUUUUUGAGUGGGCAGUAUCAAAUAGUGGUGUUCAGCGAGGAGCAUAACAAAUCUCCAAUAUACAAAGGGCCCAGUUUGAUGGAGAAAAACAUAAUUGCGCUUGUGUGUAAAAAUGGACAUUAUCAAUUAAUUAAAAAACUACCGCAGUUUGUGGGAGCAGGCUUCUAUUGUGUGCACUGUAACUCAAAAAGUGCCACUCUCUCAGAUCACUAUAGUUGCCCACUGCGAUGUCGUUUAUGCGCUUCAAUGAAUUGUAUGCCGGAAGAUGGAUAUGAAGUUGUUUGUGAAGAUUGUCAACAAUCGUUUUAUAGUGAGCAGUGCUUGAAAACACAUAAAAUGAAAGGAAUAUUGGGAAAAAGAUCUCGUUGCGAGAAAACGCUGGUCUGUCCCAACUGUAAAAAGUUAUGUAAAGAUAUGAAAAGACAUAAAUGUCAUAAUUACUACUGUCAGCAUUGCAAAGUUAUUCGGGAGAAAGGGCAUCAAUGCAGUUUACCACCGAAAGAUCAUGGUGCUGCAUGGGGAUUCCCUCAGAAAAGAAUAUACUUCCUUGUUAAGACUGAGAAAACUUUGAAUGCAGAUGGAACGUUAUCUGAAAAGCCAAUACUCAUCUUAGCGAUUCGGUUCUGCCCAGAAUGCAGAGCUUAUUUGCCAACUCGUGUAGUCAAAGGUGCUCAGAUGACUUGCAAUAACUGUUCUCCGGAUGGUUGUCGCACCUGGCUUUUCGAUUGUAUUCUGCGCAAAAACCGGGGCAAAGAUGUAAUGCUGAGUUUUCUCAAAUGGCUCAUCCAUAAACAUCAUAUACGAUUUGCUGCUGUUUCCCACAACAUAUCAGAAGCUGUAAGUGAUCUAAUUAUGAAGUAUAUGACACGUGAAGAUGUUCCAAAACAUAAGGAAUGCAUAGUUGAGAAUGGACGUUUGAAGUACAUGGUCAUUGAAGGAUCUAGACAAAAGUUUACGGACUCUGACAACUUUAUCCCAACAUCGAUUAAAGAGUUUUCGAAAGCAUUAAGCGUUUGGAACUACCACGAACAAGAAGGAUAUUUCCCGAUCAAAUUCUUAACCUCUUGCAAUAUUGAUUAUAUCGGCCCAGUUCCAUCGUUGGAGAUGUAUUUAACCGAUGAUAUGAGCCAAACAGAGAGGGACGAAAUUAUCCAGUUCCAUAGCAAAGAAAGUUCAAUGGAGAAAGUGUUCAACUUUCAGGAUGCUCUCAUCAAACACACGUAUUUGGAGCUGGUACAGAUGGCACUUUGUUUCAUCACUUUAGAAACCAUCACAUACAACCAGUUGGGAGUUCGUCUCUUCGAAGAAAGUCCGAAUAUCUACAGGGCUGCUAUCAGUGGUUUCCGGAGGAAGUUCCAUAGCGAUAACUGUCUCCCACUUGACAAAGGCUUUGGAUCGCAGUAUAGACAAACCUUUUCUAUGACAGCUAUGAAAUAUUUGUCGUGGAGAGCUCACAGAGAAAAAAUUCCCAUUGACACUGCUGUCAAUGUAGGAGAGUACAGGGUACCAGGAACACCUUUCCAUCUUGAUGGUUUUAUUCAGCCCUGCGAGAAGUACCCGAGAGGGUUAGGGAUAGAUGUUAAGGGCUGCUAUUGGCAUGCUCAUGGUUGUACAUAUGUUCCACAAAUGGUUGCUCGACGUGAACUCAAAAUUGACACAAUUCGAGCAAACGAUAAAAAACGUGAUGAUGAAGUCAGGCGCCAUAUAGAUUUUGAAGUUGUUUGGGAAUGUCAAAUAGCUCUUCAACGCAUGACUGAUCCUGAAAUGGAUACGUUCAUGAAUCAGUGUAACUUUGAAGGAAAAGCCGAUAUUGUCAACGCUAUUUCACCUCUCUAUUCUGAAACGUUCCAUCUUCAAUAUCAAAAAACUGAUGGUGAGAGAAUUUUCUGCCGUGAUAUAACUGAUGUUCCUGGAAUUUGCAUGAAACUUGACGAGUACCCAAGUGGACCAUUUCGUAGACUACACGGAGAAUAUUUCAAAGUUCCAAUCACUGAAUCAACCGGUUUAGGCGAUGCGAAAGGGCUUGUAUAUUGUCAAGUAAGUUUGUUUUGGGUUCUCCCUCCAAAAGAACUCUUUGUGCCCGUUCUUCAAUACAAAUGGGAUGGAGAGGUUAUAUUAACUUUAUGCAGAACAUGCGCUGAGCAGAAAAAUUACAAGCUUUGCCAACACUGCGAUGCUGAACGCAUCCUAGAUGGCACUUGGACAACAUUCGAGCUUCAACUAGCGCUAGAACAAGGCUAUGUUAUCACACGUGUAAUUGGAGCGAUUCAUUGGAACGACUGGAUGAAGUUUUCAGCAAAUGAGAGAGGAGAGAAACAAACAUCUGGAAUUUUCUCGGAUUUUGUCGAUGCUGUUCUAGGGAAUAAGAUAGCAUCCGCAGGAUAUCCAGCUCGUUUGAAUAAUGACAUGGAAAGAGAAAAAUACAUCGUCGAGUUAACCAAUCGUUAUGCCAUCCCAAUUGACAAAGAUAUCGUGCAUAGAAAUGCUGUAGCACAAAGUAUUGAUGACGCUCUUUUGCAAAUAUGGAAAACUUUCUCGGAAAAAAAUGACAAGCCUGUGACCGAACUUGCGAAAAGCCCUGGGGAACUUUGGAAAACACUAGAAGAUCCUACUAUGCAAGUGAAGGAAAUAAAAGCCUUGACGGAGGACACCAUCUAUUAUGCUUUCGGUAAAAAAAAAGAACAUGCCCUCCCACUUUUCGAGACUGUGACUGCUGUUGAAGCUCUAACAGCUUCUCAUGUGCGAGUUCGGAUUUACCGUUUCCUUCUGAGAUUGGAAAAACUUGAGAGGGACCUUUUAUAUAUUGACGAAAAAAGAAUUAUAUACCGCGGAAAUGAAGAACAUGAUCCCCUUUUCGAUUUGGCACCAGAAUAUCCCAGAAGCGGUGGAGAGGGCGAGAUUCGGGAGUAUAUCUCUCCUUGUCCAGGACAGUUUUUGCUCACAAGACAAGUUGAUGAUAAGAUUGAAUUUGAUCUCGAGAUGCUAGGUUUUGAUAAAGUUGAGGCAGCAUGGGAUUUACAAACACAGGCUAUCCGGGAUCAAGUGAAUUUCUUGAUGAACAACGAAAGUGACUCCAUAGAUAUAUCUUAUGAGCACAUCGAAAGAGAUUCUUUCUAUCUAUUACGGAAUGUGCUUAAAACUCAGCGGCUUGAGUCGCGUUUGAGUUCCAGAUUCGUAACUAUACAAGAGUCUGGGUUGAAGACAUGGGCUAUUGGAACUUUCAUGAAAUUCUAA